GAGAGGAUAGUACAAGUCGUCUUACACCCCUUCAGACGCUGGGAACCCCGGGCUGCGCAGCACCGAGUGGGCAUCUGCUGAGGGUGCACAAGGCCCGCCUGCGGACAGGUUACCCCGUUUUGGUCGCUCAAGCUAUUACAGGAUUCUUCUCAAAAGAACACCGCUCUACACGCCAUUCCUGCCGCAGAACAGGAAGGAUGCCCAGGCAGGGCCGUCCCCGCUCAACUCUAACGCCCCCGCCGACUGCCCGGUGCGCAGCGGGUGCCCCGGCCCGGCCCCGCGCCCGCCGUGUCCUGGCAACAGCGCGAGCCGCGCGCGGCGUCACCGAGCCGCGCCGAGAGCCACCGCCCCUGCGCCUGCGCCGCUGGCCGACUGCCGGGGCGCGCGGGGAGCGGUCUCGCUCCGGUCCCGGUCCCGGACCCGGUCGCAGUCCGGCGGCGGCGAGCAGGAUGCGGGGCCGCUGGGAGACUCUACAAGUGGAUGAGAACUUCUUUCUACGGAACUGAGGUGAAGAACUUCACCAUGGGUCAACAAAUUUCAAACCACACACAAACUGUAAUUAACAAGUUGCCAGAAAAAGUAGCAAAGCAUGCCUCUCUGGUUCAAGAAAGUGGUUUCCUAACGUACGAAGAGUUUCUGGGAAGAGUAGCUGAACUUAAUGAUGUUACUGCAAAAUUGGCUUCUGGACAAGACAAGCAUCUGUUAUUUGAAGUGCAGCCUGGUUCUGACUCUUCUGCUUUCUGGAAGGUGGUCGUUCGGAUAAUAUGUACUAAAAUAAAUAAAACAAGUGGCAUCGUGGAAGCUUCCAGAAUCUUGAACUUGUAUCAAUUCAUUCAACUUUAUAAAGACAUCACCAGUCAAGCAGCAGGAGUUCUUGCACAGAGUGGUACUUCUGAAGAAGCUGCUGAGAGUUUGAUGUCUGUGUCAUCUUGUCAGGCCAGCUUGUGGAUGGGAAGGGUUAAACAGUUGACAGACGAAGAGGAAUGUUGCAUCUGCAUGGAUGGGCGUGCUGAUUUAAUCUUGCCGUGUGCUCACAGUUUCUGCCAGAAAUGCAUUGAUAAAUGGAGUGAUCGUCACAGAAGCUGUCCUGUUUGCCGUCGGCAGGUGACUGGGGCAAGUGAUUCUUGGGUCGUCUCAGAUGCACCUACGGAAGAUGAUAUCGCCACUUACAUACUUAACAUGGUGGAUGAGGUGGGCCAGCCUCACAGACCCUGACACUGGCCAACAAGCUGAUAAUAGAGAAGCACUUGAAGCUUUCAUUGUCACGAACAUCUGUUUUUACCUCUCGUUGCCGUUCUUCCACAGUCCGUCUUUUUCUUCUCUUGGCUGCUGUGAAUCUACGCUGCUCUUUUAAAACACAGGUUAUAUGAGCCAGUAUAUGUGUGUGCAGUGUCUUAAUUAUUAAUCUGUAUUUUCAGUAAACUCUUUGAUCAUUAACAAAGUUUAUUUUAACAACAACUUUUGAUAUUAACAGUUCAACUACUAGAUGAAGCAAUUUAUAACAGCACAACUACAACUACUAACUGCUGUUGGAACAUCACAGUGUACUGCUACAGAAGAUGAACUGUGACAGAUGGCGUGACCUCACAGCUCUUACCCUUAAAAGCAGUUCUUUUAAGUUUCAUGACAAAUGUGAAUAAAGGUGAUGUGAGCACUAGUGAUUAUUAAUUUGAAAUUUUACUGCUGACACUUGAAGAUGUCCAACUGCCUGUGCUUCCAUAGCCAGUUAUUGCUGCUUUUAGUGUUUACAGGUACUGAUUUCAAUCUGAUCUGUUACAAGUUUUAGUAUUAAUUAUUUUAAGUCUGUUUUGGAGAGUGUAGGCAGCUCUGUAAGUAUACUUGUGCACUUCCCUUUAUUCUUCUAACGAGAUUAUCUCUUAGAAUAUUUUUUUAAAUAUGAUAUUCAGUAUAGUCUUAGUAGCUUAGAUUAAACAGCUUCAUACCCACCCCUAAAAAAAAAAAAAAAAAUCAAUUUAUAGUUUUUUGAUCAAGAACAGCCAGAACUAUUUUUAAACAUUAGGCAUAUCUGAAGACAAUUACUUUAUCUGAAUUAGCAGUUAAGGUGUAGUUUAGUCUGAUGCUGUGGUUUUAUCUGCUUGAGUUUUUGAAGUGAUGAAAUCAGAGUUAUACGGUAUACUAAGAUUUAUAAGGUGAUAAUCUAAGUAAGGGUGCUGUGCUUUAUAUCUACAAGUGCAAUAUGCUUUUAUGUAGCAGAAACUUUAAUAAUAAUGUUGCUUGUAGUGAGAUGUGCAUGUGACAACUUGGGAAAAGGGAUAUUACAACUGGAGUGCAACAGUGUGUUUUUGUGUCUAGCAGAGUAAAAUCUUUAAAGAGCUAAGAUUAGACAGUCUAAAAUAAAUUGUCAGUAUUCAGGAAACCCACCUUAAGCCCCUUUUGCAUAAAUAAUGUUAUGGAAAUCAACUGCUAUUGUAGAGAAUUAAAUAAUGAUUUUUUUUUUUAAUAUGUAUUAACAAAUACUACUCUUUUAACUUGAGGCUAUUGAGUGAAAAAUACUCAAAUGUGGCAUUUGAAGGAGUAUCAGCAUAAAUCAUGCUUACUGUAAGAUUGCAUUUUUAAUUACCAUACUUGGUAGAAAUCAAUGAUGUCAUAAGGCUAAGGCCUUUUAUCACAGACAGGCUCAGAACUAAAAGAUGUGUGCAUAUUUGGGUUUUUCUUAAUUGGCUUCAGAAUAUUUUAAUUACAUUGGGUACCAGAUCUUGAGAAUUUCUCUCAUAUACUUCUGUUUGUUAAGGAACGUGAAUAGCAUAUGGCACCCAUUUGAGCUUGGCAUAUAGCACAGUUGUCAAAUUUAUCAUAGACGUUAAGACAGAUAAGCAAUGUACUCUUCUUGUGUGUUUUAUCUAAAAGCCAGUAUGGCUUAGUGUGUAAAUCUGUAUUUAACUAUUGAAAAAUCCAUUUAUGAAUGUAUAUAGCUUAGAACUAAUUUUUUCCCUUUGUUAAUCCUUUGAUAUCAAUGAGAUAUAGUUCAGAAGAUGUAUGAACUGUUUGGUUGCAUAAGGACUGUUAUUAUUUGGGCUGAAAAUUGUUCACGGUCAGGGAUUUUCCACUAAAAUAUUUACAGAUAUUCCUAAUCACAUACCAGUUUGGUUUCUUUUUGCUUUUUAAGCUUUCAUUAGUCCAUGUUCAGAACUUUAAAAUAACCUUUGAAUUUCUUAAACUUUUUAUAUCACUGGAACAGAAAGAGCAUCUAAAUUAAAGCUCCGAGCUAACUUUAUUUUUUGAGUAUUUCAAGAAUUAUACUUCUGAACUGAGAUUUUAUAAGUUGACUUUCUGCUGAGAACUUACAUGAACUUCUUAAAAUGUAAUUUUGUAAUGAUGCAAACAGGUUGUUAAUUGCAGUGUAAUGACACUUGCAAUUACAAUAUAAACUAAUGCAAAAAUUAUUUAAAUAGUGAAAAAGUAAACUUUGUAUUCUGUACAGCUUUUUUAAAUUAAGUUGCUGUAAUUCACACUGCUGUGAUGUAGGUACUGUAAUGUGUGCCUUGUAAAAUACAUGUACUGUAUGUUAUAUGGGAGAAUAGGUAUAAUAACACUACAAAACUAGUAAUUUGAUACUGGUUGGUAUUACCUAGGCUGAAGUGCUACAUUUAGCAAAAAAUUUUGGAAAAGGAAAAGGAAUCACAUCGGCAGGGACAUGGCAAUGGGUUCCAGAAGCUAGACCUUGAAAAUGUGAAUUACUACAAAUAACUGUUGGUGGGGGGCGUUAGAACAAACUAAACUUUCUUGUAUUAAGUGAAGAUUUCUUACAGGUUUAAUGUGAAAUUGUGAUUUAAACAUUAUGGGUUGUAUUAAUAGCUAAGGACAUUCCAGCAUAUUAAACUUUGUGUAUGAAUUGUGCAAUAAAGUUACUUUGGAAGAAAUGUAAAAGUUCUUUUAAGCUUAAGGAAUGUCUUGGCUUUAAUACCACAAAAGUCUGAGAACUGGAUUUUUAUCUGAAUACAAUACCAUUGUACAGGUGGUGUGGUCAGAAGUAUGCCACUGUGAGUCAAAGGUCCCUUAAACUUUGAAGUGUGAUAUUAACAAGGUAGCUUAAAUGCAGCUCUGCCAAAAAAGACUCACUCUGAUACUUUUAUUUUUCUUUUGUCAAAUAAAUUGGAACAUUCCACAGUGAUGGGAAAAAUUAAACGAACAACUCUCCUUCUUAAAAGGACAGCAUUGAGGAGUGUUUUUCUUUGGGGAAAGGAUUUAAUUUUUUUUCCAGAGAACUGUGAUCUACCUUUUUCCCCAAGUUAUGCCAUGAUGUUUCUGAUAGUAUUUUAAAGCUUAAGAAUGCUAAGGUUUGGAGUAUUCCUUCUCAGAUUUUUCCUAGUUUUUGAUAAGAAUUGAAAUAUAUAAUUAAUGUAACUGUUUCCUCUGUUUAGUUACUUGGUUUAUCUGUUUGGAUCUUUUGAAGCCAAGUGAAAAAUGGGAGAGGAAUUCAUUAACAGUUCAGGAAAUUAAAAUUGGAAGACUUGGCAGUUGACACACACCAGGAGGUAGGUGUACUUGAGGAAUUAACAUGUUUAUAUUUACUAGGUUUUGGUUUUAGACACCAUAUUAAUGUAAUGUGCAUGUUUCUUUUUCUAGUGGGAAAUGGCAUAUUUAACUUAGAUCUUUCCUUUAAAGAGAAUUCUGUAUAUAGUGAUAAAGGUUUUCUAAUCCAUAUUCAUUUCAGUUCUGGAAACAAGGCAACCAGUGAAAUCUCUGCUGUAGGUUUGGACUGAUCUAUUAAAAUUCCACCCCUGUGUA